CAGCAUCCUUCCUGUAGGCAGCAGGCAGGCAGUCAACAGAACAGAGACAUUUUGUCUCCCAGCACUCAACGCAAAACCCUUCUUGUUUUAUCAAACCCUCCCUGGACCCCAGGCUAUAGCAGGGUUUCUAGGCUAUACUGUAAGAUUCCCUCUAGCGGUCGUGAUGUUCUUUCUACCUUGAGUCUUCUUCCUGCUUGGAGGGAGGAAGGGAGAAAAGAAGGGAAGUGGGCUGGCAGCUGGUCUGUGACAGUCAGACAGACCGAGAGAGAGAGAAAGAGAGAGAAAGAGAGACAGAGAGAGAGAGAGAAAGAGAGACAGAGCUGGAAGACAGACAAUUAACAGAAGAGGAGAGCAGAGCAAACAAGCUUCUUAAACCGGACGGGGCAUUAAAGAGGUGUUGCUAUACCCGUCUCCCAGGCCCUGUGUUUGGGCCCGUUUUGAGAGGCUCUCCGAGCAGGCUGGUCCCAGGCAGGAGGCACCGUCUCCCGGACUCUGUGUUUGGGCUCGUUUUGAGAGGCGAUCCGAGCAGGCUGGUCCCAGGCAGGAGGCACCAUCUCCCAGGCCCUGUGUUUGGGCUCGUUUUGAGAGGCGAUCCGAGCAGGCUGGUCUCAGGCAGGAGGCACCAUGUCCGGGGCCUCUGUGAAGGUGGCGGUGCGGGUCCGCCCCUUCAACUCCAGAGAGAUGGGGAAGGACAGCAAAUGCAUCAUCCAGAUGUCAGGAAACACAACCACCAUCCUGAACCCCAAGCAGCCUAAAGAGAAUAAGAGCUUCAACUUUGAUUACUCCUACUGGUCACAUACCUCGCCCGAGGACAUCAACUUUGCUGGCCAGCAGCAGGUGUACAAGGACAUUGGUGAGGAGAUGCUGCUCCAUGCCUUCGAGGGAUACAACGUCUGUAUCUUUGCCUAUGGCCAGACCGGAUCUGGGAAGUCCUACACCAUGAUGGGCAAGCCGGACUUGAAGAACCAGGAAGGAAUCAUCCCUCUGAUGUGUGAAGACCUUUUCACCAAAUUCAACGACUGUAAUAAUGACAACACCAAGUCCUACUCUGUGGAGGUGAGCUAUAUGGAAAUCUACUGUGAGCGUGUGCGUGACCUCCUGAACCCUAAGAAUAAGGGGAACCUGCGUGUGAGGGAACACCCCCUGAUGGGGCCCUACGUAGAGGACCUGUCCAAGCUGGCCGUCACCUCCUACAACGACAUCCAGGACCUCAUGGACUCUGGAAACAAGGCCAGGACGGUGGCCGCCACCAACAUGAACGAGACCAGCAGUCGCUCCCACGCCGUUUUCAACAUUAUCUUCACCCAGAAACGCCUCGACACUGAGACUGAUAACACCUCAGAGAAGGUCAGCAAAAUCAGCCUGGUGGAUUUGGCCGGCAGCGAGAGGGCAGACUCCACAGGCGCCAAGGGGACCCGGCUCAAGGAAGGAGCGAACAUCAACAAAUCACUGACCACACUGGGGAAAGUAAUCUCUGCUUUGGCCGAAGUGGAUUCUGCACAAAAUAAGAACAAGAAGAAAAAGAAAGUGGAGAGUCACAUCCCUUACAGAGAUUCUGUGUUGACCUGGCUACUGAGAGAGAACUUAGGGGGAAACUCUCGUACUGCCAUGGUUGCUGCUCUCAGUCCAGCUGACAUCAACUAUGACGAGACUCUCAGCACACUCAGGUACGCAGACCGAGCCAAACAGAUUCGCUGUAAUGCUGUGAUCAACGAGGACCCGAACAAUCGAUUGGUUCGUGAGCUGAAGGAGGAGGUGGGCCGUCUGAGGGACUUGCUCCUAUCCCAGGGCUUGGGAGACAUCCUUGAGAUGACCAAUGCCAUGACGGGGAUGAGCCCCUCCCCCUCUUUGUCCGCCCUGUCCAGUCGAGCCGGAUCCAUCGCCAGCCUCCACGACCGCAUCAUGUUCAGCCCCGGAAGCGAGGAGGCCAUCGAGAGACUCAAGGAAACAGAGAAGAUCAUUGCUGAGCUCAACGAGACCUGGGAGGAGAAGCUACGCAGAACAGAAGCCAUCAGAAUGGAAAGAGAGGCCCUGCUGGCUGAGAUGGGUGUGGCUAUGAGGGAAGACGGAGGAACCGUGGGCGUGUUCUCCCCCAAGAAGACUCCUCACCUGGUGAACCUCAACGAGGACCCCCUGAUGUCAGAGUGCCUGCUGUACUACAUCAAAGAUGGCGACACCAAGGUCGGUCGUGUGGACGCCAGCAGCAGGCAGGACAUUGUCCUCAGUGGUCACUUCAUCAAGGACGAACACUGUACAUUUACCUCUACAACGGGACCCAUUGGAGAAGCAGUCACCCUGGAGCCCUGUGAGGGAGCUGAGACCUACGUCAAUGGGAAGAGGGUCACCGAGGCUACAGUCCUCAAAUCAGGGAACCGUAUUAUUCUGGGUAAGAGCCACGUGUUCCGGUUCAACCACCCAGAGCAGGCGCGCCAGGAGCGGGAGAAGACGCCCUGCGCUGAGACCCCCGUGGAGCCGGUAGAUUGGGCCUUCGCACAGAGAGAACUGCUGGACAAACAGGGCAUCGACAUGAAGCAGGAGAUGGACCAGAGGCUUCAGGAGCUGGAAGACCAGUACCGUAAAGAGAGAGAAGAGACACACAACCUACUGGAACAGCAGAGGAUGGAUUAUGAGAGCAAGCUGGAAGCCCUUCAGAAACAGGUGGACCGAUAUUACCCUGAGGUAGUAGGAGAGGAAGAGGAGGAGCCAGAGGAGGAAGUGCAGUGGACGGAGAGGGAGGCGGAGCUAGCCCUGUGGGGUUUCAGGAAGUGGCGCUGUUACCAGUUCACCUCCCUCAGAGACCAGCUGUGGGGAAACGCCAUCUUCCUCAAGGAGGCUAACGCCAUCAGCGUGGAACUCAAGAAGAAGGUCCAGUUCCAGUUUGUCCUGCUGACCGACACCCUGUACUCCCCCCUGCCCACUGACCUGCUGCCCCCUGAGGCAGCCAAGGACAGAGCGACCCGCCCGUUCCCCAGGACCAUCGUAGCUGUGGAGGUUCAGGACCAUAAGAAUGGGGCCACCCACUGCUGGACCCUGGAGAAACUCAGGCAGCGUCUGGACCUGAUGAGAGAGAUGUAUGACAGAGCAGCGGAGGUUCCCAACAGCACCAUAGAAGACUGUGAGAAUGUUAUGACCGGAGGAGACCCCUUCUACGACCGCUUCCCCUGGUUCCGUCUGGUCGGCAGAGCCUUUGUGUACCUGAGUAACCUGCUGUACCCUGUGCCCCUGGUCCAUCGUGUGGCCGUCAUCAGUGAGAAGGGAGAGGUCAAAGGAUUUCUCAGGGUGGCUGUACAGGCAAUCUCAGCCGAUGAGGAGGCUCCUGACUACGGCUCCGGUGUCCGUCAGUCUGGCACUGCCAAGAUCUCCUUCGAGGACCGGGAGUUUGAGAAGUUCCAGGCUGAGUCGUGCCCCACUGGUCUAUCCCGUACCGGGGAGUCCCAGGAAGAGCUGCGUUUCGUGGAAGGGGAGGGACAGAACUCAGGGAUGGAACCCUCGGCCGAUGAGGUCAACAACAACAAUUGUGCGGCCAGUCCAGAUGAGUUGGAGAGCCCCCUGAAGACCAACCUGGAGGGAGGAGCUCUGGACGGAGCCCUGGAACACCUGAGGAUAGGUAGCAUCUUCACCUUCAGAGUGACGGUCCUCCAGGCCUCCAGCAUCUCCGCAGAGUACGCUGACAUCUUCUGCCAGUUCAAUUUCAUCCACUGUCACGAUGAGGCCUUUUCCACAGAGCCUCUGAAGAACACAGGGCGAGGCCCUCCUCUGGGCUUCUACCACGUACAGAACAUUGCUGUAGAGGUCACCAAAUCCUUUGUGGACUAUAUCAAGACCCAGCCUAUGGUGUUUGAGGUGUUUGGUCACUACCAGAAACAGCCCUUCCCUGCUCUGUGCAAGGACCUGAUCAGCCCUCUGCGUCCCUGCAGAAGGCAGUUCCCCAAAGUCAUGCCCCUGUCCAAACCAGUCCCUGCCACCAAGCUGACUACCCUGAUGCGCCCUUCAGCCGGGCCCUGCCACUGCAAGUAUGAUCUCAUGGUGUUCUUUGAGAUCUGCGAACUGGAGGCCAGUGGAGACUACGUCCCAGCAGGAGUGGACCACAGAGGAGGCAUGCCUUGCCAUGGGACAUUCAUGCUGCACCAGGGUAUCCAGAGGCGCGUCACUGUGACCAUCGUUCAUGAGACAGGUGGAGACAUCGAGUGGAAAGAUGUCCGGGAACUGGUUGUGGGUCGUAUCCGCAACUCACCCGAGGGGGACGAUGCCAUCAUAGACCCCAACAUCCUGUCACUCAACAUCCUGUCGGCUGGGCAUGUCAAGCCCAUGCAGGAGGACAGACAGUUUCUUGAUUCGGACAUGCCUAGGACAUUCUAUCGCUUCGAGGCUGCCUGGGACAGCGCCAUGCAUAACUCCCUCCUCCUGAACCGGGUCACUCCUUACGGAGAAAAGAUCUACAUGACCUUGUCGGCCUACCUAGAGAUGGAGAACUGCACCCAGCCAACAGUCAUAACCAAAGAUUUCUGCAUGGUGUUCUACUCUCGAGACGCUAAACUCCCGGCCUCCCGCUCCAUCCGAAACCUGUUUGGCACAGGAAGCCUGAGGGCAGUGGAGGGUAACCGGGUGACAGGUGUGUACGAGGUCAGCCUAUGUCACCUGGCCGAUCAUGGGAGUCCAGGUAUGCAGAGGAGACGUCGACGGGUGCUGGACACCUCGGUGGCGUACGUCCGCGGGGAGGAAAACCUGGCUGGGUGGAGGCCUCGCAGUGACAGCCUCAUCCUGGACCACCAGUGGGAGCUGGAGAAACUCAGCCUCCUGCAGGAGGUGGAGAAGACGAGACACCGCCUGCUCCUGAGGGAGAAGUUAGAGUCCACCCUGCUGCUGGGCCAGGAGGGGUUGUUGUCCUGUGUAGGUGAGGAGCAGAGUGAGUCCCCUCAACCCUCUGAGGGUCUCGGCCUCAGUCCCACCGUUGAUGCCCCUAAUGAGAGGCAGAGGGAGCUAGCCAUUAAGUGUCUUCGGCUGCUCUCCCACUCCUUCAACAGAGAGUACAGCCACGUGUGUGUCAGUGCCAGUGAAAGCAAGCUGUCUGAGAUGUCAGUGACUCUGCUGAGAGAGUCGACCUCUGCCACGGCCCUCAACACACUCACCCCCUCCUCGACAUGCCCCUCACUGGUGGAGGGAUGCUACCCCAAGUCCGAAGGGCUCAGAACACCCACGCCUCGUUCCCGCUGCUCCAGCCCCAACCCUGACUGCUCACAACGGGACAGAGAGGUCAAGAUGUCCCCUGGCCCCAGUGGGGUCGCAGCCCCGGAGGUUAAGCCCAGGGAACGCCGCUUCGUACCAGACAUCCAGGAGAUCCGGGUCAGCCCCAUCGUGUCAAAGAAGGGCUACCUGCAUUUCCUGGAGCCUCAUAGCAACGGCUGGGUGAAGCGCUAUGUAGUGGUGAGACGUCCGUACGUCUAUAUCUACAAUACAGAGAGAGACAGCGUGGAAAGAGCCAUCCUCAACCUCUCCUCUGCCCAUGUCGAGUACAGCGAGGACCAGCAGGCCAUGCUUAAGACACCAAACGCGUUUGCUGUGUGUACUGAGCACCGCGGGAUACUGCUCCAAGCCAGCAACGACAAGGAGAUGCACGACUGGCUCUAUGCAUUUAACCCUCUCCUGGCUGGAUCCAUCAGAUCCAAACUAUCCAGAAGAAGAGCUGGACAGAUGAGGAUGUGAAUCAACACGUCUCAUAGACAAGACAAUAGAACACCAAAAGACUAGCCUGUAUAUCGACUCCAGACGUAAUACUCCUUUCCCUCCUGUGCUGACCCCUUAACCCUCCUCCUCCUCUUCCUCCUCCUACACUAGUAACCGACUUGCUCCUCCUCCUCCUCCUCCUGCACACGCCCAGUUUAUCCCAAGCUGACCACCAGCGUAUCUAAGGCCCUGAGGCCUCCGUCAUCGUUGUGUGUCUGUCAGGCCUGUACCACUGUCUGUCUGUGUUGGCCUUAUUGUCUGGUUUAACCCCUCUCCAAGCCUGAGGCCCAAAUACCACCCUAUUCCCUAUAUAGUGCAUUGCUUUUGACCAGGGCCUAUAGUGCUGGUCAUAGUUACUGUAAGAAGGGCCUAUACGGCUGGUCAUAGCUACUGUAAGAAGGGCCUAUAGGGCUGGUCAUAGCUACUGUAAGAAGGGCCUAUAGGGCUGGUCAUAGCUACUGUAAGAAGGGCCUAUAUGGCUGGUCAUAGCUACUGUAAGAAGGACCUAUAGGGCUGGUCAUAGCUACUGUAAGAAGGACCUAUAUGGCUGGUCAUAUCUACUGUAAGAAGGGCCUAUAGGGCUCUGGUCAAAAGUAGUGCACUACAUAGGGAAUAGGGUACAGGCUCUGGUCUAAAGUAGUGCACUAAGUAGGGAAUAAGGCAUCAUUUGGGACUGAGCCCAAACCUCCUUCCUUUACCAGAAUGUUCCGAGCCGAGGGAACGGAGGAAGAGAGACGGGGAGAGGGGUAGUUACCAGUUCGUUAUUUUAUAGACUUGCAUUAUGAUGUACUGUAUGGUAGUUGUCAGCAACACAUUGAGCUUAUUGAAUGACACAUUUAUUCCUUCAGGGAAAAAAAGAAAAUGUCCUAUGAAAUCUCUUUCAUAGUUGCUCUGGUCAAAUGCAGUGAGCUAUGCAGACAGUCGUGUGCCAGUUGGGAUGCAUCCACAGCCUGGCGACGAGAUGAGGGUUGGCAUCGAUCAAACGUUCACACUGGUUUUAUAGUAGAAAGAAACACAUGAUGGUUCGGCUACAUCUCUGUAUCUACUCUCAGUAGACGAUCUACACUAGCUCUGACAUACAUCAUUUUAUGAAAAUCUUCCAAAUUUAAUCUUAAUUCAUAUCCGAGUCAGAUUUGUUUUAUUUUAUUAAGUUGAGGUUAUAUUUCUAUAUUUAACAACAUUAUCAUUUAUUUAUUUAUCUAUGCAUGCAUUUAUUUACAAAGAUAUAUAUAUUUCUAAAGUAGUUAUAGUGCAACGUCUGCACACAGCACCUUUUAUUAUCAGUUCCUCUAACUGUAUGAUAACAUGACCUAUGACCUAUGACCUAUGACCCCCCCCCCCCCCUCCUUCCUCUGGAUAGUGAAUAGUGCUACCCCCCAAAUAACAACAUUGAUAGAGGGCCUGUUUCCCCCAAUAACAACUGAUACAGGGCCAGCUUCCUCCAAUAACAACACUGAUACAGGGCCAGCUUCCUCCAAUAACAACUGAUACAGGGCCAGCUUCCCCCAAUAACAACACUGAUACAGGGCCAGCUUCCCCCAAUAACAACACUGAUACAGGGCCAGCUUCCCCCAAUAACAACAAUGAUACAGGGCCAGCUUCCCCCAAUAACAACACUGAUACAGGGCCAGCUUCCCCCAAUAACAACACUGAUACAGGGCCAGCUUCCCCCAAUAACAACAAUGAUACAGGGCCAGCUUCCUCCAAUAAAAACACUGAUACAGGGCCAGCUUCCCCCAAUAACAACACUGAUACAGGGCCAGCUUCCCCCAAUAACAACACUGAUACAGGGCCAGCUUCCCCCAAUAACAACACUGAUACAGGACCAGCUUCCCCCAAAAACAACACUGAUACAGGGCCAGCUUCCCCCAAUAACAACACUGAUACAGGACCAGCUUCCCCCAAUAACAACACUAAUACAGGGCCAGCUUCCCCCAAUAACAACACUGAUACAGGACCAGCUUCCCCCAAUAACAACACUGAUACAGGGCCAGCUUCCCCCAAUAACAACACUGAUACAGGGCCAGCUUCUACAUUACUUGAAUUUAACCAUCAUCAUCACAUAGAUAGAUUUUUUUUUUAAGUGUUGUACCUUGAGCUAUUUAUUCAGCUAGAGAGGAUUGUGAAUAUAUUGGAAAUGACAAUAUAAAUAAUGAAUUCUAAUUCAAACCCGAAGAUGAGGAAACGGACAGAACGGUCCUUUUGCCUUGUGAACAGAAUAAUGUCAAUGAAAACAAGCUUAACCUUUUUCUGGGGAUCGGAUAAAAUAAAUAAUAAAAAAAACGGUGUUUGUGAAGAAGGAUUUGCACGUGGAACAUGAUGUAGUGCCUCUGUUUCUAUUGUUGUUCUCUGUUCAUCCACCCGUCAGAGCAUCGUUGCUCUGUCCAAAAUAGCACCCCCUAUUCCCCUAUAAAGUGCAUUACUUUUGACCAGAGCCCUAUAGGAGCACUAUAAUAAAUAAAAAUAUGAGUGCACUACAUAGGGAAUAGGGUGCCCUUUGGGAUUUCUCCAUCGUCAGGCAGUUUGUCCAGCUAAUCAUCACCUGGUCCUUUUGCCCAGCCGACUACUAUAUACGUCGUGUCUGUUUGGAGAUGAAUAUGAGUGUAUGAACUUGAAUGGUAUCAUUCACUUUAAUCCAGUGACAAAGAGUUGGCAUAUGCCAUUUCUAAACAUAUUAUCUCUACGGUAUAAAGAUCAUCAGAGGUCUGUACCAAUGGGUCAGAGGUCUGUACCAAUGGGUCAGAGGCCUACCCUGUACCAAUGGAUCGGAGGUCUACCCUGUACCAAUGGGUCAGAGGCCUGUACCAAUGGGUCAGAGGCCUACCCUGUACCAAUGGAUC